AUGAAGACAGCAGACUCUUCGCCAGAGCGCUCACGCCACUCAGUCCGGGCUGUUAUCUCUAACGUACGCUCUUACAACGACGAGGCAGACAUGCUCUCCUUGAAGCACACUGCAAAAGGGUCAUUUCCAUCACUGGCCCUAGAAUACAAAGCCUAUAGGCUGGGGCCAGAGUACAUCAUGGCAAGACGAAUGAAGGAGUAUCUUUACCACCCUGGAAGGACCGCAGACGUUGAUGGAGUCAUUCCAGAGUACCUAAACCACGAGUUUGAACAGCUUUACACCACCAUGAAGCGCCCUUCUCCAAUGAGAGGCCCUUCAGAAGGGCUCAUGCCACAGAAGCGAAUGAUUGAUGCUGCCAGGGUAAUAUUUGAUCGGGAACGGGCACGGCGGCCAGUUAGUGUUUGCGCCCGGAGCUGCAGGGGAGCUCUCGCAGAUGAGCAUUAUCAGCACUCCUUUCCAGAAGGCUCAUACCAUAGAUCGGCUUCACUGCACUCGUCUCCACUAAGGAGCCCAAACAGGCAGGGCAAGACCACGCUUCCCUCAUAUCCUGACUCUAUUCCCUUCCUUUCUCAAUCAUACAAUGACCCUGUUCGUGAUAACUUUCUCUCCCUGUUGAAGGAUAUCAAGCCGAAUCACCAGGAUCAUCAAGGUGCAGAGUGUUUUAGGAUAACUGCUGACCGCGCACUUCCCUGCCCGACUACUAAUGCUGCGGUGGCCUCCCUCGUCUACUUGUCCAGGCACUUCUGUCAUCUGAAUACAUCAUAA